AUGGCAGAGAACGGCACCAGAGUGGUCCAGUUUGUUCUGACAGGGUUCCAGCUCCAGGCAGCGCAGCGGCUGAGUCUCUUCGUUGUGUUUCUGGCCUUUUACCUCGUCACCCUUGGGGGCAACCUGGGCAUGAUCACGCUGAUCCAGAGUGACCCCCAGCUGCAGACACCCAUGUACUUCUUCCUUGGCCACCUCUCCUUCCUGGACAUUUGCUACUCAUCUGUUAUUGUCCCUCAGUUGCUUCAGAUUUUGGGGACCGACAAGAUGGUCAUCACCUACGAGCGCUGUGCCACACAGUUCUUUUUUUUCACACUCUAUGCGAGCACCGAGUGCUUCCUCUUGGCGGUGAUGGCCUAUGACCGCUACGUGGCUGUGUGUGAUCCCCUCCUCUAUGCCACAGCCAUGACACCACAGACCUGCCUGGGGCUGGUGGCCAUGGCGUACGCUGGUGCCAUGGUGAAUUCUGUGGUCCGCACUGGGUGCACGUUCUCUAUCUCCUUCUGUAAGUCCAACCACAUUGACUUCUUCUUUUGUGACCUCCCACCCCUGCUGAAACUUGCCUGCAGUGACACCCGACCACAGGAGCAGGUGAUCUUCCUCUUAGCUUUCUUGGUCAUCACAACCAGCAUCUCAGUGAUUCUUAUAUCCUAUCUCUUCAUCAUUCGAGCUAUUCUGAAGAUUUGUACAGCGGGUGGGAAAGCCAAGACCUUCUCCACCUGUGCUUCCCACAUGACCGCAGUAGCUCUUUUCUUUGGGACACUCAUAUUUAUGUACCUGAAAGGGAACAUGGGAAAAUCCCUCUGGGAAGACAAGAUUGUGUCUGUGUUCUACACCAUGGUGAUCCCCAUGCUGAACCCGAUGAUCUACAGCCUGAGGAACAAGGAGGUGAAGGAGGCUUUAAAGAAAGUUCUCAGAAGAAUGAAGGUUUCCCAAGCAGAGUAA